GCUAGCGAGGAGCAUCAUGGUCAAUUGAGCUCCCACUCAUGCCUCCUUGGGUCGCGCGGCCUUGUCACGUCUUGCGGGCUCCUCCUUGUGCCAUCGCUGUCCUGCCCCGCGUCCAACGCCCUCCACGAUGCGCGCGAGACUGCGCUCGGCGCUCAUACGCGCAAGAUUCGAAGCAAGAUGACACGACUCUCAAGUUGAGCACGUCCAACAGCGCUAUAAUCAUACCCAGUUCUGUAGUAGACACUCAACCUGAGGAUCUCGUCGCACACAUCGAGCCCGUCGACCGGCGCCGCCUCAGCAGGGACCGCUUCGCCGUCUUUUUUGUUACGCCCACGUUCGCCCCGUGGCUCCUCGAUGACGAGACAUUCCUCCAUAAAGCGCUCCGCCGGGCUUACAAGCAUAUAAUCGCACGUGAGAAGCUCCCAUAUGCCAGGAUACACGCGCUAUGUGCUGUCGUUGACAAGCUGCCAACACCGAGUCCAAUCACGAACAUUGAAGCCCUUCAAAAUGGAGCACCUCAGCGGACAAGGCAGCCUCCAGUGUUGGAGACAGGGCACGAAGGAAUGGCAUACACAACCCUCCGCUUCUCCGAUUCCGUCUCAUCUUCGUCCCCUAUAGCAGAUGACAAGGCCGCGAUCAGUUUCAUAUCUUCAGCAGAUUGGGAACCUAACGGGUACUUUGGGGACACUCUGCGGCUUCCGGUCGCGAAUACCGUGUUUCAGACGGGCUUGCCAACCACCAUGACCUUCUCCACAUGGGAGAAGGGCAAGGGCGCCAAGGACCUCACACUAAAGUCGAAGCAGAGUAUCACGCAUCACGGCAUCAAGAUACACCCGGGCGGAUCCACCACACAAUGCGUCACCGCGCUCGCGAUCCCUUUGGUGCCGCUGACGAUGCCCCGCCGUGUGGAUGCAAGCAUGGGGAAUAUCCUUCGCCGGGUCAUUGAUGCUGGUGGCAAGAGUGUCACCGCGUCGGAGGAGCUAGAGCAGGUCGUUCCGCAGUACUUCACCUGCCGAGGAGAGCCGUCGCAAGCAGCGUCGGUAUGGGCACUGGUGAUCCCCAAGGAGACACUGAGUCCCGUUCUACAGAAGACACGUCGGAUGCUCGGGCGUUUACGAGUUGAAGGGGUUUCUGGUCCUUCGUUGACCCAGAAGGAACUCUGGGAGGCCCUUUGGCAGCGAGAUCCACCUCUCUGGAACGAUCUAGUGCCAACCGCGCUGGCAGCUGGUGCCCGUCUGCAUCGCGUUUUGAGUGGCGGUGGGGGUUGGGGAAAGAAGGCCGGCUUGCUCUCAUUGGAUCCAGUUGCUACUACCGAAAGGUUUGGCCCGUCUGUCAUGCAAGGAGACACCGAUUUAUUUGACGGCCCAGGUGACCUCUCAGCCGCGCUUCAGCAAGUCGCACACGAUGGAGACUCUAUACAGUUCUUCAUUUCACCGACAACCACCCAAGCGGAAGCAGGUGAGCUCAACGCGUCAACGGAAUCAGCAAUGCCGUGGGGUUGGGAACUCGGUACAAUUCCAAGCACGGCAGACGCGCUUCCGAUGGGGUCAAGUCAGCAUGAUGUUUCCAAAUCAAACGAGGUUUUCGUCUUCAGGGACUGCUUCGGGGCUUUGACAGAAGGAGGUAUGACUCUCGAUCGUCGAUUCAAGUUGGAAUCGGGGGACUCAUUCUCUCGCAUUGGGUCGACAAUAGUCGAUGUACCCUUCUCUCGCUUCUCGGCUGUCAAUCUAGCGUCCGGGGAGGAGGGUCCAGAAGAGGAUGUAGGUGGUCCGGAGGAGAAUAUGUAAAUGAGUGUUCUAAUGCUUCGAUAGUUAAUGUAUGGUUCCCUUGAG